ACCAAACAGCUCUGUGUCACAUGAGAGGCCUGGCUGGAGUCACAGUGGCCCAGGAUACUAUUCUUAGCUGCAGGAAUGUACACAGUGGCCUCAUGGCAAGCUCCACAGCGCCUAACUGGAGAGCCUCAUCGUUUCUGUGUGUCAUGCUCCUUUUCUCUCCCUGACUACACUACCCACUCUCUCUCUGGAUAAUGUUGUGGUUCUCUUUUGAGUGCAACUGAUAUUUUCUUCUGACCAGACAUUUUGGAUAUUAUUGAUUUUCUGAGGGCAGGAGAAUGGCUUGCAGACCACAAGGUGUUUUUUCUUUCAAAGACUCAGAACUUCCCACCCACCUACUUGCCCAGCUCAACAUCCUCCGGCAGGAGCACAUCCUGACCGACGUCCUGCUCUGCACGGAGCACCAGGAGAUCCCCUGCCACAGGAACGUCCUGGUGUCCAGCAGCCCAUACUUCCGCGCCAUGUUCUGCAGCAACUUUCUGGAGAGCAGUCAGGCCCGAGUGAAUCUGAAGGGAAUCUCUUCAAAUGUCCUCAGUGGCAUCGUGGACUAUGUCUACACAGGCUGCAUCACAAUCACCAUGGAGAUUGUGCUCCCACUCAUGCAGGCAGCAUCUAUGCUUCACUAUGGAGGUCUCUUUGAGGCCUGUUCCAUGUUCCUCCAGGAGCAGCUGAGUCCAGAAAACUGCCUGAGUAUGAUACGACUCUCUGAGAUCCUUCACUGUGAGAGUUUGAGGGAGAGGGCAAAAGAGAUGGCUGUGAGGUGUUUCUCUGAUGUAGCUGCUACAGAGGACUUCUGUGAGUUGUCCCUUCCUGAGCUCAUGUGUUACCUGGAAGACGACCGCCUUUGUGCUGAGGAGGAGCAAGUGUUUGAGACCCUCCUGGCGUGGAUCCACCACGACCCGUUCUCAAGGCGUGGUGCAAUCCAUGAUCUCUUCAAGAAGGUCCGUCUUCGCUACAUCCAUCCAACCUACCUCUUCCAGUUUAUUGCCAAUGACCCACUGGUGCAGUCCUCCACCCUCUGUACUGAGAUAAUUGAGUCAGUGCGCCGCCUCAUGCUUACAGUCAGCACCAAGUGUAGCAGAGAGCUCAAGCCGCUUUGGACCACACCACGACGUUACACCUGCAGAGAAACACUGGUGGUGGUCGGAGGACGCAAAAACAAUGAACAGACCUCACGGGAGGCCCUACUAUAUGAUGAAAGGACUCAUCGUUGGCAGUGGUUGGCCAAGCUCCCUCUGCGUCUCUACAAAGCUGCAUAUGUGUGUAUUCAUAGCAUCCUCUAUGUGCUUGGCGGACUCAGCCUCUGCAUGACAUCAGGUGACGGUUCAGUCAGCGCCACAGUUUACACACUCUCCCUUAAGACCAACCAGUGGCGGACUGCUGAGCCCAUGUUGGAGCCACGAUACGCCCACCAAAGUGUGUCCUAUCUGCACUUUAUUUUUGUGUUAGGAGGCAUUGGGGUAGACAAGAGAAUCUCUCAGUCAGUAGAAAGAUAUAACAGUAUGUUUAAUCAAUGGGAGGCCAUGGCACCAAUGCCCACAGCAGUGCUACAUCCAGCUGUUGCCGCCAGUGACCAGAGGAUCUAUGUUUUCGGAGGGGAGGAUGCCAUGCAGAAUCCAGUCCGGCUGAUUCAGGUGUAUCACAUCUCUCGCAACUUGUGGUCCAGGCUAGAGACAAGGACGGUGAAAAACGUUUGUGCUCCUGCUGCUGUCAUUGAAGACAAGAUCUACAUCAUAGGCGGAUACACCAGGCGAAUGAUCGCCUAUGACACCAAAGCCAACAAAUUUGUCAAGUGUGAGAACCUAAAGGAGCGACGGAUGCAUCACAGCGCUACAGUGAUCAACAACAAGCUCUAUGUCACCGGUGGACGCAUCCUCAACGGCCACGAUGUCAUUGAGGACUCAGACUGCUUCGAGUGUUACGACCCGAAGACAGACGUUUGGACCUCGAAAGGUUCUUUGCCGUACAAGUUAUUUGACCACGGCUCCCUGCCGCUAGUCUGUGUUUCCAACAGACCCAACCCACCAUGACCCACCAUCCAACCAGCCACUUGGGCGAAUGCUUUGCUACAUGUUCAUCACCUCCCUUUUGCCAUGAUUUACUGGCCUCUAACUACACAAAUGGGAAACCAUUUCAAACUGACUGUAUUCCUUCACACAGCUCAGUCUCUGGCACUACUUAGCGGCAUGUUAGGCCAGGCUGACUUUCAUCUGAAUCAAAGGAGAGCUCAGCUGACAAGCAGAGGUGUCAUUUCUAAGGCACCUGGGGUGGAACUGAUAACCCAAGAGAUGACAAGAGGCAGACAUACUUACACAACGAGCAGCUGUUCAGACACAUAUGUAAUCCAAAAAGCUCUUUCCGCAGAUGGCUGCACUCGUUUGAUGGUAACCAAAAGUGUUAAUGCUUUAAUUUCCCAGACAUUUAUACAAAACAUAUCACUGCCUGGCAGCUGCAGUUGACAUCCCUGUAACAAUAAAAUACAUAGGGAAUUACAUGUCUGGCUGCUUGUUAACUCUAUGAGCUCUGCUUGUCUUGUACAACUGAACAUGACAGAGCAGACUGAUAAAGCUAAGCUAAAGAAAGCUAACAAAUGUGCACUUUAUAGCAAAUACAUUCCUCCUUGACCCACAUGCUUCUAUCAGAGUGCCCUUGCUGAUGAGAACAAUUGUGACAGAACAUGGACAAGCUCCCCCUGCAAAGUUCAGUAGUCUAUCACGUUUGCCGUUGAUGAGAAGCACAAUUUUACUUAAAUGAAAUUAUCUGGGCCAACUUUAUUCCAGUUUAGCUGGCUUGAGUCAUGACUUUGAGAAUUGUUCCAACAACCCCUAACAAAGCAUGUUCUGUAUUGUUUCAUGAUGUUUUCGCUUGCAACAUAUGUGGUGUAUGUAACAUGAAGUAGAACAAAAAGAUGUAAUCUUUUAGCUUAGUCGAAUCACUGUAAACACAAAGAUUUGAGGAGUUCAGUGGUGGUUUACUUUUAAUUUUACCAAGUGUUCGAUAAAGGGCUUUGCAGGCAGCUAUGUUGAUGUAAGGAUAUGUGACAAUGCUGCCUUUGAGUGCAAGUGCUUGGUAGGGAUGCAGUGACCUGCUAAAGGCAACUAAUGUAUGACUGGAAAUGGUGAGAUUUUCAGAGUUUUCAGCCUACAACGGGCUCAUGUACACAUGUAACCUGCAGGUGGUUUCUCACAAGCAUGUCCACUGAUCUGAAAUCAGUCUUGUAAUGAAUCUGAGGAAGAUGUAAGACCAUGAGACUGUGAAACCUCUCUUGCCACCACUGUUGCUUCUGUCUUAGCCCUGUAACCCUCUUGAUGUUAUGGAGCAUACAUUCACUGCUGUGCUCCAGCCCCUGGCCUUGGUAACAAUUGCCAUGGCAACCCUAUUAUCACCCCAUUGGAUCAUCCAUGGCAUGCAUCCCUGUAGUGAGUCUGCCUAUUUAAGAUUGCAUCACUGAUCAACUGCAUGAUGCAUAAUGCAUUGCUGCUCCUUCCACAACUGACUUUCUCUUGCAUUUUUUUUUCUUUCAAAUGUUUUAUUUCGUACUGUACUGUACUUAGUAUUUUGAUUUCCCUGUUUGUGACUUGGUUUAUAAAGGAACACUGUUAUUUAUGUACAUGUAUGUGGUGAUAUACCACAAAGAAAAUCCAAUUUCUAAUUUA